ACAACUAUAUUCAUCUCUCUAUCUCUCUCUCUUCUCAUUCUCUCUCUAUCUUUCUCCCUUCUUCUCUUCUUGGAUCUCCUCUGAAGAAAUAUGGCUGAUUAUGAUCCUGAAGCAUGCAACACAAGGCUUCAACUUGGACUGGGCUUGGGUGGAUAUGCUCCAAGGCAAGAGAUGAGGAAUUCCAAGGAUAGGCCUCUGGUUUGCUUUGACCUAUCAUUUACCCUUCUCCCAAAACCGGAGAAGAUUGCUAACUUGGAUCAUCACAUGGCAAAUAGAUCCAGUUUGACGAUGAAUAUCAUCGAUGAAGACGAUGAAGAUCGGAGAAGCACUGAUCGUGCCGAUAGCGAGAUCACCAACUUCAAAGAUGGUGCAAGAAAGAAACUGAGGCUGACAAAAGAGCAAACCACUUUGCUGGAAGACAGCUUCAAGAGACAUAGCACUCUUAAUCCGAACCAGAAACAUGCACUUGCUGAGCUACUGAAUCUGAAGCCGAGGCAGGUUGAAGUUUGGUUCCAGAACAGAAGAGCAAGGACAAAGCUGAAGCAAACAGAAGUGGACUGUGAGUUCUUGAAGAAAUGGUGCGAAAGUCUGAACGCCGAGAACCGAAAACUGAAGAAGGAAUUGCAGGAGCUAAAAUUGUUGAGUGUGAAUGGGGCAUCAUCACCACUAUUGACUCAUCAAAUCCCAAAGACCACAAUGCUCACAAUGUGUUCAUCUUGUGAGAGAAAGGCAAAAGCCAAUGAACAAUAUCCUAAUAACGAAGCAGCAGCAGCAGCGACGAAUUAAAACAGAUGCCAGAUGAUCAUCGCAGAGUGGUCCGGAAAGAUGGAGUUCAUGAAUAAAUUGCAGAUCGAUCGAACGGCUUUGGCUGUAAUUAUACUGAGAUUGCUUUCGAUUAGGUUCAUAGCCACGGCCAUAGCCAAAUAUGUAGGAGCAAGAACUAGUGAUGUGAUCAUGUCGAUCAAUCAACUACUAAUCAACUACCGCAAGACUAAACUGCUGAAUCAUAUGUUUGUUUUGAUUUACUGAUAUAGAAAAAAAUUAUUGG